CUUAAAUUGGGCCUGUUCACCCAGAUACUUCCAGUUGUAGGGUAGCCACCACUGUAAACUACAUGAAUUUGUGAUUAUCCAUGCAAGCAUGUCUUGGAUUACCCUGAUCCCGUUUCUUGGAUUACUCACCACCUGUCUAGGUCAACAGUACUCCAGCCAAUGCGACAAACCUCGAAAUGUCCAGCUUCCAUUUUGUGACCCGUCUUUAUCCAUCGAAGUCCGCAUAGCCGAUUUAAUUAGUCGACUGACCCUGGAAGAGAAGAUUGGAUGGAUGGUGCACGAUGCUCAGGGGGCAUCUCAGAACGUCGACCUUGAUGACUACUAUUGGUGGAAUGAAGGCCUUAAGGGAAUCGGGGGUGGGCCGCAAAGUCCCGAGUAUGGUGCACGCUUCAGAUCUCCGACCGAGUAUGCGACCAUGUUCCCCCAGCCGAUCAAUCUGGCCUCGUCCUUUAACAAGGAUCUCUUCUUGGCGGUGGGAAAUGCGACGGGGAACGAAGCAAGAGCCUUCUUCAACGUCGGAAACGGCGGACUGACUUACUGGUCCCCGAACAUUAACAUCUUCCGCGAUCCUAGAUGGGGUCGAGGUCACGAGACUCCCGGUGAAGAUCCUCGUCUAAGCAUAGAGUUUGCGAAGGGCUGGAUCCGUGGUUUGCAGGGUGACCAGGCCAAUGGAUUCCUUAAGAACUCCGCUUGCUGUAAACACUUCUCCGCCCACAGCCUCGAAAACGACAGGUUUACCUUCGACGCCAUGGUCAAUCAGCAAGACAUGGCGGACACUUACUUGCCCGUCUUCAAAAGUUGCGUCCAAGAGUCGUCCGUUAGCUGCGUCAUGUGUGCCUACAACGCCGUCAAUGGCUUCCCCGCCUGUGCCGACAAAGGAAUGCUGACCGGAACCCUCCGUGACCUGUGGGGCUUCGACGGCUACGUCGUUUCUGACUGCGGCGCCGUUGACUACGUCUACAGCCGCCACAACUACACCGAGUUCCCCGCCCAAUCCGUCGCCGCUGUGCUGGAUGCUGGCGUCGACGUCGAAUGCUUCGUGGGAGGCGGCAGCUACUACACCCGCUACCUCCAAGACGCACUAAAUGAAGAUUUAAUCAACCAAGGCAACCUUGACAUUGCUCUCGAACACGGGUUCAGAGUCCUCAUGCGCCUCGGCUACUUCGAACCCAACGCUACCCGCCCCUUUACUGACAUCCUUCCCGAAAUUGUCGAUAGCGCCCCUCACCGCACCCUAUCAUUAACCGCCGCACGACAAAGUAUUGUCCUUCUAAAAAACUCCCCUACUGGAAAAGCUUCUCUACCUUUACUACCCCUUGACCCCGCGACCCUAUCCCAUAAACAGGCCACUAUGGCACUAGUCGGCCCCCACUUGAACGCUUCCAUGGCCUUUCUCGCCAACUAUUAUGGCGUCCCAUCCUCCAUCAGCACGCCCCUCGAACAAAUCCGCCUCCGAGUCCCAUCCGUGCAACACGAGUUCGGCUGCGAUCUUACGUCCUUCGCCAAUCCGCGCUUAGAAGAGGCCGCAGCGCUCGCCCGAGUUUCCCUACCCGUCAUAAUCUUCGUCGGCAUCUCUGCCAGCCAUGGCGGUGUCGAGUACGAGGAACACGACCGCCCCAACCUCACCCUCCCUGGCUUACAAUCGGACCUCAUCCGCGUAGUCCUCGACGCCUCUACGGAACCCGUCGUUCUCGUCGUGGUCUCCGGAGGUGUGGUCGACCUAUCCGAGUGGAAGGACAAUCCUAAAGUUGGCGCUAUUAUCUGGGCAGGCUACCUUGGCCAGUCGGGUGGUGAGGCAAUCGCUGAGGUGAUCUUCGGAGAAUAUAACCCUUCCGGCCGUUUAGGUCAAACCUUUUACUCCAACGAGGUCAUCAACCAAUUUGAAAAGUAUGAUAUGAACAUGCGGCCUCAUUCCGGCUCGCUAGGUAGAACCUACCGUUUCUACACUGGUCAGCCCGUAUAUCCCUUCGGAUUCGGGUUAUCCUACACCUCAUUCGAGUACACAAUUUUAAACCCCCCAGCCCUCAAAAUUUCGCAAAUUUCCCUAAAUCAAGAUUGCGCUCUGGUUAUCAACCUCUCCGUCCGUAACAUUGGAGCGAGAGAGGCGGAGCAUUCUGUCCUAUGGUUUGUCUCACCACCUAACGCAGGCCAGAUGGGGCGUCCCAUCAAAAACCUCCUAGAUUUUGAAAGGCUGGACAGUAUUUUGCCAAACAUGGUCAAGGAAGUCAGUCUCUGUCUCAACCGCAACCAUUUCCUUUUGGCCAAUGAGGCGGGUGAAUUUGAAGUUGUAAGCGGCGAAUGGAAGCUGCAGGUGGGAAAUCUAGAGAGAGCCAUUGUGGUUUUGAUGUAAUUGGAAGAUUUUUAAUUACAAUGGAGUUUAAUGUCCUUUAAAAUUUGUUUUAACUUUCAACAAUCUACAUCAUCAAAUCUAAUUUUUUAUCUAAUUCCCUUUCCCGCGUAACGAAUCAUUCUCACCACUAACCUACACCUCUCCGUGAUCCGCUUUCCACCAUAAUUUUAUUAAUUAAUUUAAUUUAAAUAAAUCAAGUAUACAUUAAGUUUGUUAGAAAACUUGAAAAAAUUUCUAAAUUAGAACUACAAAGAAUUUGGGGCCAAAAGAACAGCCUCCCUAUCUAUAAUGGCGAAAUUCGAAUCAAUUUUUUAAUCAUACCUAUGUAGAUCCAAGGCCGACAAUAAAUGGAGCAACUUUCUUGUUUUCACUUAUAAUAUGGGAAUUUUUCUGCAAAAGAAACUAAAUAAAUUAUCCUUGUUUACCUUAAAUUGAGACACACAUAUGUAUGUAGUCAUCCUGACUUACCAAUAUAAAGGUUCAGAAUCAAGCUUUGUCGCUUUGAUCAAUAUCUGGCCAAGGUCGACAGGCAGGUGGAUGAGGGUGAUAUGAUCCGCGUAUUAGAUACUGAGAAGCUGUCAUGAAGGUAUAAAUUAACUUAUAACGAACGACGUAUAAUUAAUAAGUUUUAAAUAAAAUUCUUGAGGCCCGAUAACCUAGAAAUAAAUAAAAAAAACAUUUUUUAAGUGGUUGUCAGGGGUUGUCAUGAGGAUGCAAUGUUACGCUAAUG